UACCGGAGCAUGUUGUUAUUGGACUCCUGUAUUGGACUCCUGUAUGGUUCUGCAUUAGCCCCCCUCCGCCUAGUUACAGCCAAUGUCCCUCUCUGUCCGAGACCUGUGCUCUCUAGUCCUGGUGUCUUUCCUUUGGGGAGCCACCAACCCCUUUCUGCGGAAGGGAGCAGAGGGCUUGGAGCGUGUAAAGGAGGAGAGAAGUAUCCGGCAGCUCCUGUCUGAAGCCAAGUUUUUGAUCUCCAAUUGGAGGUAUAUGGUCCCUUUCUUGAUGAACCAGUGUGGCUCAGUGGGUUUCUACCUCACCUUGGCUUCAGCAGAACUAUCCCUGGCUGUCCCACUCUGUAAUUCACUGGCUCUGGUCUUCACGGUGGUUACAGGCACAUUUCUUGGAGAAGAUAUUGGGGGCAGAGGAGCAAUCCUGGGAUUAUUUCUAACUGUUCUGGGCACCACACUGUGUGUAGCAAGUUCUGUCAGUGACUGAGGUAAUGACAUCAUCACAUUAGUAUGUGGCAUGAAUUAAAAGAGAAGAUGAGCUAUCCUAAAAUGAUUGUUGAAAUUUCAAGAAACUCCAGCACAC